AUGUGGCUAUUUAUUACUGCGGUAUUGCUUGGCGAUAUUUUGCAACAAAAAUUUAGUGAAAGUUGGCCUGAUCCGCAUCUGCGUUCAAAAGGUGCCAUUUGGCCACAACCACAAUAUCUCAUAAUUGGUAACGAAUCUACAACAGUUAAUUUAGAUGCGUUUACUUUUGUAUCAACCGUUGGACAGUGUGAAAUUAUUGAUAAAGCAAUCAUUCGUUAUCAUAAACGUUUAUUUGGUGAAAUUCGACGUAAUGAAUUAAAAAAGAUUAAACGACAAAAUCAUAACAAAAUAAUUGAUAAUCAGAUUCUUAGCAAUUUGACAAUAACGGUAGAGGAAGGAUGCACUAAUCGAUUUCCGCAAUUUGGUAUGGAUGAGAGUUAUAAAUUAAUUGUUACAAGCAAUGAUGCGGUUUUGAGAGCUAAUCAGGUUUGGGGCGUGUUGAGAGGAAUGGAAUCAUUUGCGCAAUUAUUUUUUGAUAGGAAUACCAAAAUACACAAGGUUGACAUUCGUGAUUAUCCACGUUUUUUUCAUCGUGGAGUGUUAUUGGAUACAGCCAGGCAUUAUUUAUCAGUUAAUGUUAUUAAAGCAAAUAUUGAAUUAAUGGCACAAAAUAAAUUUAACACAUUUCAUUGGCAUAUUGUUGAUAUCGAGUCAUUCCCGUAUCAGUCUGAAGUGAUUCCAGAAUUAAUCAAAGGAGCUUAUACACCAAAUCAUAUUUAUACCAUAUCACAAAUUAAGGAUAUAAUAGAUUAUGGUCGAUUACGUGGUAUACGUGUGCUACCGGAAUUCGAUACACCGGGACACAUGAAAUCAUGGGGAAUUGGUGUAAAAGAUCUUUUAACAAAAUGUUAUCAUUCAAAUGGUUCAUUAUAUCAAAAUUUUGAAAAUUUAUUAGAUCCAACAAAUUCAAAUACAUGGGAUGUAUUAAGUGCACUCUUUCAGGAAGUUUUUGCAGUAUUCCCGGAAAAUUAUGUUCAUCUUGGUGGUGAUGAAGCAGAAUAUUGGUUUACUGAAUGUUGGACAUUAAAUCCAACUAUUCGACAAUUUAUGGAGAUAUAUGGUCUUAAAGAUGGUCCUAGCAUUCAAGCAUGGUACUUUAGCAAGUUUGUUCCUCUUCUCCAUUCACUGAAAUUCGGAAAAAACAAGAAAUUUCUUGUAUGGCAAGAAGUAAUAAGUGGUGCAAAUUUAACGAUAAAUAUGACAAGAAAUGAUAAUCUAAUAGCACAUAUUUGGAAAAAUACAAGAGAUAUUGAAUAUGCAACUAAAUUGGGUUAUUACGUUAUCUUAUCAGCUUGUUGGUAUCUUGAUUUAAUCACAUCAACCGCUGAUUGGAAGUUAUACUACAGCUGUGAUCCACAGGAUUUCAAUGGCACCGAAGCGCAAAAACACCUUGUGAUAGGUGGUGAAGCAGCACUUUGGGGUGAAUGGGUAGAUGAAAGUAACGUGAUACCACGUUUAUGGCCGCGUGCAAGUGCUGUUGCAGAACGCUUAUGGAGUUCAGUUGAAACAAAAAGUAUUGAAAAAGCAUGGCCAAGAUUGUAUGAGAUGCAAUGUCGAAUGGCGUCACAAGGAUAUCCAGUACAACCAACUGAGGGACCAGGAUAUUGUGAAAAUGAAUAUAAAAUUCAAUUACCUCUUUAUGAAUAG